UUUUUGACACAGGGUAUAUACGAUUAGCAGCUGUCGGUUAGCAGUUGAAACUUGAAUAACUGUGCGUCAAGCCGCCAUUUGUAAACACAAGCAUGAAAUGCGCCUAUCGCGGUGAAGUGAGAUAUUAAAAUAACGUGAGAGAAGAGAUCGGAGAGGUGGGUGAAGGAAGACGACAGGUUAUGUCAAACGAUAGAAUAGUCAUGGAGUGAUACAGAAAAAAAUAAAUAAAUAAAUAAAAAAAUUAAAAAUCAUAACCACAAAAAGCUGAGAAUCGUUGCGUGUUUUAUUCUCUCUACUAAAUACGUGUGCGUGGUUUCAUCCACGGAGAAGGCCGGAAUCACUGCAGCAGUGGAGGACCUUUUUUUUUCAGCGCCGUCGGAGAUCGCGUCACAAUGAAGAUAUAUUACACUGGUUUAAACAACAGCGAAUUAUUUUGCGACGAAGAGGGGAGCGUGAAACAAGUUAUUGAUAAAUUUACAAUCGUACCCUUUACGGGAAUCGAAGAUUUGGAAAUAGGAUGGAAUUACAUUCUUUUAUGGCGGGAUAAGGAACUUUUCAUUUCUGGUAAAAUAAAUCUCAAUGAGUCGACUGAAGUCACUGACAAGAUUCCGGUCUUACUCAAACUACCGGAAGAAAUGGAAGGAUGCGUACAAGCAAUUCCUGGCAAGGAAACGAUUACAAUUUUAUCCGUGAAGCACGAAAUUUGGCAGUACAAAGUAUUCGACAAAAUGUGGAAACAGGUUUCAAAUUUCAUUCAAGCGGCUGACGAUAAUUCGGAUCAAGAAUAUACGGUGAAAAUCUUUCAAGGCGGCUGCACCGUAGCCUUGACAAAUUUCGGAAGAGUUUACAAUAUUCCAAUAUUGGUAGACAUGCCAAAGCGGGUGAAAUUCACAGACGUUGCUUGCGGCUUCGAUCACACGAUUAUAUUGGCUGAGAACGGAGAGGUUUAUUCAAUGGGUAUGGGAAGCCGUGGUCAAUUGGGGCACGGUGACCUUGAAGACUGUGAUAAUCCAACGAUAAUAGAGGCACUGGCUGGUCUGAAGGUGGUUCAGAUCUCCGCUGCGGGUUGGCAUAGCGCAGUGGUCACAGAUCAGGGUGAUUUAUACACGUGGGGUUGGAACACAGAAGGUCAAAUGGGAAUUUCAGAUGAAGGCACGAAGGUUUAUGCAACCCCAAAACCGGUCGACUUUAUGGAUACCGAUGGCCGCGCUUUUGACGCGUCGGUAAAAAAGGCACAAUGCGGGAAUGCGUUCACCAUUUGCAUGAUGGAUGACAACUCGAUGUGGGGAUGUGGAUCGAAUAAAUAUGGGCAGCUGGGUAUGUCCAGAGACGCGUUGACGAAUUCGAGGACAUUUUUGAAACUAAAUACUGCAAUUGAUGAGAAGGAGAUCAAGAAUUUCAAAUGUCGGGAGUGGGGUGCCAUCAUCAUCACAGAUUAAUAGACUGAGGAUUCAGUGUAAAACAUGUUUGUAAAUGUAGCUUACAUUUAUCGGUUACAAAAUGAAAAAAGUUUGUAAAAAAAAUCCACGAUUCAAUUACUGUAAGCAUAACCCACCAUAAUAUGCUUUAACCAAUUCAUUAGACUACUUUAUCAUUGCAAACUUCACGAGAAUGAAAAAUGCGCAGAGUCAAAUAUACC